GCGUUGAGUCAUUGGUUGUAACCCGUGCAUUCAGUGUGCCGUUUAUAGUGACUUCGUUGUAGACUGACAAGUUUUCACAAAGAUCGUACUUUUCUUUAAUAAGAUAGUUAUUGCCAAGUCUUUGCAUUUAUUCUCUUUAGGCAUUAUACCCAUUGUUCGCUCAGGGCAAGACGCAGUGACUACUUUCGAUUGGCCUUAUUGAAGAUCUACCUUUCCCAUAGAUUUAAGAGUUCACAGGUGAACGGAAGACAUCAUUAAGGUUAAUGAAAACAAAUGCAAUGUGUGUAAAACAAUUGAAUCAAUAGAAAAACAACUAAGAACAAAAUUGUGAAUUACUUCAAGAUACAAGUGAAUGUCUUAGGGUGAAAAUUUUCAUGAAACAGGAGAGAAUUACAAAAGGACUAUUAUAAACUGACAAUCUAAGGGACUGCCAGAAAUCAUCCCUUGCUGGAAUAUCUUAGGGGUGACAUUGGAAGUCAUAUUUGUGAGCAUUAACUGUAUAUCUAUUAUAAAAUGACCUCGGUAAUCACCCUGGAAGUGAAAACAUUUUUAUUGUGACCUGUCGGGCUCGGAGAGACCUCCCAGUAAAGGCGUGAUUGUUUAUUGUCUAUUGAGGACUUCUAAGACGAUGCCAACGGCGUGGAUAUUACGCUUCCUGCUUUUCUUUUGUAUAACAAAAGUCAGCCUCAUGGUGGUGGUGGUUGAGAGCAAGGUGAGGGUGGACGCCCGCAACAGCAACACGAAGGAGGGCGAAGAAGAGCCCCUCGUGGUCCCCGAAUUCGACCCUAAUGAGCCGAAGGAACCUCAUUUCGCCGAGGAUUCCCCGAAGCAAGUGGUGGCCUCAGUGGGGUCCCCCGCCCACAUACCGUGCAAGCCCAGGAACCUGGGUGCGAAGUCGGUUUCGUGGAUUCGUCACCGCGACCUCCACGUCCUGACGGUGGGUUCGUUCACAUUCACGAACGACGAAAGAUUCUCAGCCCACCGCGAUGCGACCACAGGGGAUUGGAUCUUGGUCAUUCGCAGACCCACCACUGCUGAUUCCGGCUUUUACGAGUGUUCCAUCUCCACAAAGCCGGUCACGGCAAUUGCCGUGAAACUCAACGUAGUUGUGCCAACAGUGGAACUUGUGGGCGACGGGGAGAUCUACCUUGACAGAGGCAGCACAUUAAACCUAACGUGUGUUGUUCAUUUCACUCCCACUCCACCCGAGUUCAUCUUGUGGUAUCAUAGGGAUAAGCUCGUGAACUAUGGCAAACCAGGUCGAGCCAUUAGCGUGGAGACGACUCACGACGGAGACACGACGAGGUCCUCUUUGCUCGUCCAUAACGCGACGAUGUGGGACUCUGGGAAGUACGCCUGUAAGCCUUCAAAUGCUCCUCGAGUCUCCAGAAUGGUCCAUGUUCUGAGGAGCGAAACUCCAGCAGCCAUGCAGACCACAACCAGCAGUGCUCCGCGCGCAAGAAGUUCCCUCACGCUCUUUGUUUCAUUCCACCUCAUAACUCUCUCCUCGUUCUUCAUAUCCUUCUCUCAUUCCUUAUUCAGAUAAGAUACUCAUCUGUGAUCGCGCUGGAGUUACUGAAAAUAAGCUGGAUUCAUAUCCAAACGGUAAUCACCGCGGUUCCUGAAGCGUUAUACUUGACGACGCUUCAUCGAUUACCGCGUUCUGGAAGGAAGGUCCACCUGGGAAUGAUUCCCACUCUGGAGGUUCAUCAUAGGGAGGAUUCCUAUUGUUAUUGCAGUGACUGAUAGUUCUGUGCAAGGCGAGAGGAAGUCUUUGACUGACUGUAUCGUGCAACGCAUGGCUCCCUCAUGAUACAUGGUCUUGGAUGAGACAUUGAAAAGACUGGUUUCUAUGUUGAUGUUCUAGAAGUUUCAUCGUAUGGACUAAACUUACAGUGAAAGUUACAAACUGACUUUGCUCAGCAUGGUGACUAUUCGUUAAAGAAAAUAAACUGCAUUCAGAGGAGUAAGAUAUACGAAGGGAUUUCUCGAUUUCUGUCCGGAAGGGUAAAAUCUAUGAAGAGUACGAAUUUACAAAUACGAUUAGGAGGAAUUCUCUUAAAGAAAAUCUGUCCGGGAGAGAGCGAGAGAGAGAGAUAGAGAGCCGAUCUCAACGGAUGAUAGAAUGUAAGGUGAAAGGAUGAUUCACAGUCCAGUGGACGUGAAUGGUUCCAAAGACUUGCUGUACUCAGAUGGCGACUAUUAUGUGUGUGUGUGUAAAUCCUUUUCGAAGGUCAAGCAGCUGUUGCUUGUUAGUCUGCUCCACAGACUUGGAAAGU